AUGGCGAGGGAGUGGCGCGACCAGAGCUCCAUCCCCAGCAACAAAACCAUCAGCGCCUUCGAAGAAGACCGCCAGAUUCGCGUCUUGUUCCACACCUUUAAUAGGAAAACGUUGAGGUCCCUACUCUUGGGGACGCUGCCCCACGACUUAUACGACAAGGACUCGCCCAACUGGGAGAACGUUUACGACCAGAGCGGACCCGGAACCUACGUAGUGGGCGUCUCGAUCGAGGGUCGCCACGGAGCCUUCUUGAGUCGCAACGAGAUCGAGAAGCUCGUCGGUCGCCUGCAAGACUACAGAGACGGCUGGGAGGCUUGGCAAGAAAUAGAAAGAGAGGACUCGUUUAGCCAAGACGACCUGUCCCGCGCACAGAAGUCGGCCAUACAAAAAGCUCUCACCAUCGACAACGUGAUGCUUUCCGACGACGACAAGUGGCAACUAACAGACGAAUUUACGCAACCCAGGUGCGCGGGGGGAAAUAUUAGCAACUUGGACGAGCUCAUAGCCAUGCUCGGCAGACGCGUGGACGCGCGGUUUGACGGAGAAGUCCAUCAAAUCUCGUGUCCCGCUUACGUCGGGUACGACCAUCGAGUUCCUUCGAAGAUGCAGCAGCACAAUCCCGACUAUAGCAGCAUGGCGCAGUCAUCCAACACGCUGAAGCUGCUAAUAUCGUGUAUACGCUACAUGGGGCUCAAUCCGAUCGUGCACACCGUCCCCAUGGUCAUGGUGUGGGAGGAGUCCGACGUCCCGCUGGCCGAGAUCCUGGUGACGGUGCUUGCGCAGUCGCUAGUCACCAUCAACGGCCUCAACGUCGCCCAGCCAGGGACGUCUCCGUCGUCGGGAGACGACAACAGGGACGUAUACUUUGAAAACAAGAGGCACGUCUGGCUAGAACGCCCGUGGCUCAUGGCUAACGUCGAGGAGACCCUAGCCGUCCGAUCGAAUAGGGACCUUUACGUCAACACCGUCAAAAAGAUCAGAGAAGACUUCAUGUCGGCGGAAGAGCUCAGGGAAAACGUGCGCGAGAUCAAAGAGGGGAGGAAGAGACUCGACAAGGCUUACGCCGAAAUAAGAGAGCUCAUCCGCAUGCGCCUGCCGCAACAACAGGCGGCGAGACGAAGAGUCGACGAGAUAGAGAGGUCGUUAGAGAUCACGAGGGGCCUGUUUCCCAACUUGAAAUACUCAAGGGACAGGGACACCGUGAACAAUUCUGACGAAGACGCUGCCGACUUGCUUGACACGUAA